AUGUCGACCACAGAAGACAUGAUUUCUGGGCUCGUUCAAAAAGUCAGCGGCUCUACUGUCACGCCGUAUACGACACAAACUGGUGAGACACACCAAAUCAAUUGGUCCAAGCCUUGGAAGCGCAUUGAGAUGCUUCCCGCACUUGAAGAAGCAACUAGAGUCAAGUUUCCUGACAGUGAGCAACUCCAUACGGGAGCAACUAGACAGUUCCUUGUGGCUCUUCUGGCCAAACAUAAUGUGACUUGCUCACCACCACAAGCGAAUGCUCGCAUGCUUGACAAACCUGUCGGGGAGUUCAUCGAAUCAGUCUGCAUCAACCCAACGUUCAUAAUUCAUCACUCAAAACUCAUGUCCCCACUCGCUAAAGCCCAUACUUCCUGUCCUGGUCUCACCUAG